AUGGAUACCCUCUGCUUCAACGCCGCAACGUUUAUUGCAGGGGUCUUCGUCCUUGACUAUGGGGCAGACAAAUUCCUUGACCAUACUGUUAUCGUGGGACGGCGGUUAGGCAUUUCGCCGACUCUUAUUGCUCUCUUGACAGCUGGAGCCGAAUAUGAAGAGCUCGCUGUAGUUGUUGCCGCAAUCCUACAACAUCGUAGCCCCCUUGCCCUGGGCAACAUUAUGGGAUCUGCAAUUUCCAACAUACUCGGUGCCUUUUCGCUGGGUCUUCUAUGUCAUCCGGGUGGGAUGGAAUUUGAUAGGAGUGCAAAGAUAUAUUCCCCACUCCUGCUUUCCGUCACCACCCUCUUUGUGGCCUUAGCGUUCUUCGACCAACUAAAUCGAGUUACCGGUGGGAUCCUGAUCGCUAUGUUCGCCCUCUAUAUCAUUUCCAUUGGUUAUUCAAUUUAUAAGGGUAUAACUGAACCGCCUGAGAUGUCGGACAGUGACAGCGACGAAGUAGUACCCAGGAUUGGUGAGGAGCGACCAAUAGGCCGAGCCGGCUGGUCGUCAGCUCCAGAGAGCUCUCCUCUCUUACCAAAUACGAAUCCACCACAAGAGGAAAACAGAAAUCUCCCACAGCCACUUUAUCAACAUGUCUUGCAACUCUUCUUUGGUCUGCUUGCACUCUCUUUAUCGGGAUAUAUUCUCGCCCACAGCGCAGGUGCCAUCGCUGAUUCCCUCCAGCUGUCGGGCACCGUCUUUGGCCUGACAGUAAUUGCCUUUGCUACAACCCUACCGGAAAAGUUAAUUUCUGUACUUAGCGGCUUGCGCGGACAAGGAGGGAUUGUUGUUGCGACCACAGCAGGGAGUAACAUAUUCCUGCUCACGCUCUGCGUCGGUGUUGUUGCCGUUGCAGGAGGUCCCGUCGAUCAGUCGGAUACAUUUGUCCUUUUUGACCUAGUGAUAGUCUGGAUGUCCGCGUUAUGCUUUGCAACGGUCGUCUUUUUUGGAGCUAGUCGGAUUGCUGGUCUAGUGCUUCUCGCUGCAUAUAUAGUGUUCUUGAUCCUUGAGUUCACGGUGUACAAACGAUGA